GUCGGUUUUCUAUGCAAGGCCGAGGCUGUGCGGCCUAGUCCGAAAGGGAUGCUAAAAGUAAAAAUCCUUUUCGUAGGCCCCAGCGAGGUGAGUUGAGGAAGAAUUCCAGGUGGGAUCUUCUUUAAGCUGCAACUGGUAUUACAAAGACCCUUGUUUCAAACUUGUCAGAGCAGCCAUGAAAAGGAAUGCUUUUGUCGGGCUGGAAAAUCUGUCUUGGCAAACUUCUUGUCAGAGACCAUUGAAGGUAUUGGCAGUUACAUCCCCACACAAGGAGUAAGGAUUUUAGAAUAUGAGAAGCCACAUAUCAAUGGAAACAGCAAAGGACCAGGAUGUCGGUUUGAACUGUGGGAUUGCGGAGGUGAUCAAAAAUUUGAGACUUGCUGGCCUGCUCUGAUGAAAGAUUCCCACGGUGUCGUCAUUAUUUUUAAUCCAGACUUGCCAAGCCAUGUGAAGGAAAUUGAGAUGUGGUACUCCUGUUUCGUACAACAGCAGCAAUUGCUUGAGAAUCAGUGCUUGCUCAUUGCACAUCACAAGCCGGGCACUGCAGGAGAUGUAGAGAAUCUCACUCUGCCUUCACCAUUGAACAGGCUGUCAUUGGUACACUCUAGCCUUGAAGAAGACCCUGAAGAUGUCCGGAUGGAAUUUGUGAAGUUCCUAAAGACUAUUACCAAUUUGGUAAAUGAGAGCCGGGACAGAGAGGAGAUGCUAAUUAUCAAUUAGUAGUAUGAUAAAUGUUGGAGAAAUAAAGAGCUGUCAAUAUGAAUAA